GGCGCGAAUCCGAGAGCUUUCUUUUUGUUGAGAACCCUAGCUCCAGGGUGAGGACUUUUGGAGGAGAGGUCCGAGCGAGAGCGAUGGCGGCGAUUUUCAACAAGCUCUCUACUAUUUUCAGCAGUGAUGAUACGCUGCCCUGGACAGAUCGCGAGAUGAUCAGUAGGUGCGAGAGCGAGGUCGCCAAGGAAGGAGCUGGAAUUACGCCGGACAAGGAUCGCAACGAGAGCCUGAUGCGCCUCGCCUGGGCGCUCGUCCACUCGAGAGAGCCGUCUAAUGUUCUUCGAGGCAUUGCGAUGCUGGAAGCUGCGUUUGAUAAGAAGGCUGGACCGCUCCAAACGCGAGAGAUUCUCUACUUACUGGCUGUUGGCCACUACAGGAAUGGUGACUACGUCAAGAGCCGGCGAUUGAUCGAGCAAGCUCUCGAGAUUGCUCCGGAUUUUCGCCAAGCUUUGAUGUUGAGGUCUCUGAUCGAAGACAAGAUCGCAAAAGAUGGAAUUAUCGGGGUGGGAAUUGCGGCAGCAGCCGUGGGACUGGUAGCGAGCGGGGUGGCUUGUGUAGUGGCCUCCAGGAAACGAUAACUUCGGACAAGUCCCCGUUAUAAUUAUGGUAACGUUUUUUGUGUAAAGUGUAUGCAUACCAGAUCCAAUUCUAUUUUACGUGAAGCAUAGAGACGGCUUUGAAUUCAA